ACAAAAUUGCGGAAUCAGGUACCUUACAUCAUGAACAGCCGCAGCACAGCCCAGGAACAACGCAAGAAUGAAGAAAACAGCACAACGUUUGCGGUGAUCCCUAAGCGUUACCGAAAGCUUGACCUGAAGUACUCCAAGUCUGGGCUGGACGACCUGGACAUGGACCAAUACAACAAGACUCCGUUUAGCGGACUUGAAGCCACUCUGCCCAACUCGUACUGCAAACGCUAUGAUACAGGUGCUGUAUUUCCUGGAGCCUCUGAGGCAUGUGGUGCUCUCACAACCUCUGCCCACUCGGAGUUCUGCCUCUGCUGUGAACUGGCCUUCCUGUUCCGCAUGCUGGACGUGUCCCGGGGCCAACCUUGGUCACGCCGGUAA